AUGCACGCAAUUACUCUGCUCAUCUCUUUUUCGCUCAUAUGGCUGGCCUCUGCGAGACCAUUUCUACCUGAUAGAAUAGAAGCCGCCGCAACCGCAGUGCACUGUGAUGCGAAGGAUCCCUGCAGUGGCGUCCCUAGCCGCCAUACAGCAAACCCGUACAUUUGCGGCGAUAAUCGCCUCGGUCCUAAAGAGCUUCAGAACAAGGAGAUCCUUAAAAAUAAUGUCUUAGGUCCUAUGCUCACCAAAUAUAACCCCUUUCCCGGAAGCUGCCCUGGCGUCUUUCUGGGGAUUUGGGGUACGGACAAUGGGUUGAGAUAUCCUCAAAAGAAUGGAUUCCAGCUCGACUCAAAUGGAGAACCUAUCAUCAAAAACAUAACUCUCGCUCCAGGAACCGUCAUUGACCGUUUCGGGACUGAUAGGGGGUAUUUUGUAGCCCCAUACGGCACCCCAUACGAGCAGCGAUCACUCCCACCAAUGAAUUUGGCAACAAACCCAAAGUAUUCAGAUGGAACCCCGUACAACUUCCAUGUCUAUGAAGUGAUCAAAGAUCUUCCUGUACGGGCCGGGCCUAUCGCACCUUGGUUCGGGCAGCCCGGUAAUGGAACCCAGUACGUGUUGAAUAUGAGGGUUCAGGAAGCUAUCAAGGAUGGUUUUCUGAUUGAAACCUGCAACCCGGGCAUUUAUGGAUGCGGAACUGCUCCUGAUACCAACAUUCCGACUCGGAUUGUCUGUAACAAGAGCGGCAGAUGGGAGACUGCUGGAGAGUGUGGCAACAACCAAUUUUGCAGGCUCUACCCCACGAAUCAAAUGCCAUCCUGCCAGCCUAAGAGUGUCAUGGCCAAGUGGACUUCACCUCGAGGUUUUCAACUAUCAAGGCGGGAAUAG